AUGGUUGGCGAAGGCGAAGCGAAGCGUCAGAGUUUCUACGUGGUGUAUGUGCCGGCAGAUGAGACCAAGGAGCUGGAAGAAUGGGCAGUCAAGCUCCCCGGUGACAAGGAGGCGCAGCUGGGCUGUUUAACCGAGCGACUUCGAGUGCAUUUCAAGGGAAACUCUACCAUCGAGUCCAAGCAGCAGCAAGAAGAGACGUUCAAACAGCAACUACUGGCCCAAAUGCCAGAGGGUGCGACGCUCACGGAUGAGAUGUUCCAAAUGGUACUACAAAUGGACAGUCUCGUGGACUCCAUUCCACUCGUACUUAACACGCCGGGCGUCAAGCACGUGGGCAUUAACAUGUACGUGGAUGACAAGGGCACUGCUAAAGGGUUGGCCACAAAUGUACGUGCAUCAGCCAUUGCUCAAGCGUGUGGAAAGAUGCUAGAAGUCAAAGGCGAUGCAUUCAUCGGCCGCGUAUUUGAUAACGAUGACGAUUUCAUCAGGAUGGAUUUCCGACUCGGUGAGAUAUCAGGUGAUGCCCCAUGGGUGCAGACGGCAAAGUCGCAAGCAGUGGCGGUGGCAAACGGUCAUGGAGGGGCAGCAGCGGGUGCUGCGCUUGCUCGUGCGAAGGCCUCAGACAAGAUGAUGUUGCCAGGGUCGAUCCAGCGUAUUUGUGGAGCCAACCGCUGCUCGAAGAAUGGUACACUGCGUUGUUCGCGAUGCAAGGCACAGUUCUACUGCGGUGUCGAGUGCCAGAAAGGAGACUGGAAGCUCCACAAAAUCGGAUGCACGAAAUAA